UCCCUGCUGCUCUCCCACCCCCCCGACCCCCCCAUCCCCAGUUUUUCUUAGAAGGAAACCACUUGACAGGGUGUAUGGUAGCUAGGCCAGGAAUAUGGAUCCAUUAUAAAGAUUUUAGUUAAGUAGUGAGUCAAACAUCACACGAUAUUUUAUUUGUAAUCUCAUUGUAUCAUCAGAGCUUUGUUAUAAAGUAAUUGAUGUCCCCAUUUUUUAGAUGAGGAAGCUAAAAAUCAGAGCCUUUGAUACCGCUGUCUUGAAAUAAUUGCCACCAGAACAGCUGUGAAACAUCUGGCUUUCUGAAACAUCUGGCUUUUGGGGCAGUUGGACACUUGGUGAAAGAGACAUUAACUGUAAUAAACUGGUCUGACAAAAUCUUCCCUUUCCUACCUUUAAAAAGUGUCUACUUGCAAAAGGAAGCAAAUUUGUCCGCCUUUAUUACUGGAAAGACUGCGCUUCAAAAAAUUAAGCCCCAUUAUUUUGGAAUAAGAGGAAGAAGUCAUGUAAUAGGGUACUGUGUUAAUAAAAGUUUGAGCUUACAAAAUAUUUUUUCCUCAAACAAAAAUAAGUAUUCCCUUUAGUUACCUUAAGAAAUAUAUAUUGGGAGUCAGGUCUUAGUAAGAAAAAUAUGUGUCUUAAUAUUUAAGUUUUGGGGAGCUCUCAGUAUAGCACUAAUUUCAAAUAUCUGCAUUUUUAGUUGUGUUUUGAACUCUUGAGAGUCAAGCAUGAUAUCUGAACUAGAACUGAAUCUGAAUUAAAUAUGCUUAAAUUAAUGAGUUUUUAGUGUCUUAGAAGUAUUGAGAAUGUACCAGCAUACAUGCCAAGAAAAACCAUGGAGAGAGGCAAAGGUUUUUCUUUUUUUAAUGAACAAGUAAACCAUACAAAUUGUCAACAUGGGACGGAGAUCUACAUCAUCCACCAAGAGUGGAAAAUUUAUGAACCCCACAGACCAAGCCCGAAAGGAAGCCCGGAAGAGAGAAUUAAAGAAGAACAAAAAACAGCGCAUGAUGGUUCGAGCUGCAGUUUUAAAGAUGAAGGAUCCAAAACAGAUAAUCCGAGACAUGGAGAAAUUGGAUGAAAUGGAGUUUAACCCAGUGCAACAGCCACAAUUAAAUGAGAAAGUACUGAAAGACAAGCGUAAAAAGCUGCGUGAAACCUUUGAACGUAUUCUACGACUCUAUGAAAAAGAGAAUCCAGAUAUUUACAAAGAAUUGAGAAAGCUAGAAGUAGAAUAUGAACAGAAGAGGGCUCAACUUAGCCAAUAUUUUGAUGCUGUCAAGAAUGCUCAGCAUGUGGAAGUGGAGAGUAUUCCUUUGCCAGAUAUGCCACAUGCUCCUUCCAACAUUUUGAUCCAGGACAUUCCACUUCCUGGUGCCCAGCCACCCUCUAUCCUAAAGAAAACCUCAGCCUAUGGACCUCCAACUCGGGCAGUUUCUAUCCUUCCUCUUCUUGGACAUGGUGUUCCACGUUUGCCCCCUGGCAGAAAACCUCCUGGCCCUCCCCCUGGUCCACCUCCUCCUCAAGUCGUGCAGAUGUAUGGCCGUAAAGUGGGUUUUGCCCUAGAUCUUCCCCCUCGUAGGCGAGAUGAAGACAUGUUAUAUAGUCCUGAACUUGCCCAGCGAGGUCAUGAUGAUGAUGUUUCUAGCACCAGUGAAGAUGAUGGCUAUCCUGAGGACAUGGAUCAAGAUAAGCAUGAUGACAGUACUGAUGACAGUGACACCGACAAAUCAGAUGGAGAAAGUGACGGGGAUGAAUUUGUGCACCGUGAUGAUGGUGAGAGAGACAACAACGAAGAAAAGAAGUCAGGUCUGAGUGUACGGUUUGCAGAUAUGCCUGGAAAAUCAAGGAAGAAAAAGAAGAACAUGAAGGAACUGACUCCUCUUCAAGCCAUGAUGCUUCGUAUGGCAGGUCAAGAAAUCCCUGAGGAGGGACGGGAAGUAGAGGAAUUUUCAGAGGACGAUGAUGAAGAUGAUUCUGAUGACUCUGAAGCAGAAAAGCAAUCACAAAAGCAGCAUAAAGAGGAAUCCCAUUCUGAUGGCACAUCCACUGCUUCUUCACAGCAGCAGGCUCCGCCGCAGUCUGUUCCUCCUUCUCAGAUACAAGCACCUCCCAUGCCAGGACCACCACCUCUUGGACCACCACCUGCUCCACCAUUACGGCCUCCUGGGCCACCUACAGGCCUUCCUCCUGGUCCGCCUCCAGGAGCUCCUCCAUUCCUGAGACCACCUGGAAUGCCAGGACUCCGAGGGCCCUUACCCCGACUUUUACCUCCGGGACCACCACCAGGCCGACCCCCUGGCCCUCCCCCAGGUCCACCUCCAGGUCUGCCUCCUGGUCCCCCUCCUCGUGGACCCCCACCAAGGCUACCUCCCCCUGCACCUCCAGGUAUUCCUCCACCUCGUCCUGGCAUGAUGCGCCCACCUUUGGUGCCUCCCCUUGGACCUGCCCCCCCUGGGCUGUUCCCACCAGCUCCCUUGCCAAACCCUGGGGUUUUAAGUGCCCCACCCAACUUGAUUCAGCGACCCAAGGCGGAUGAUACAAGUGCAGCCACCAUUGAGAAGAAAGCCACAGCAACCAUCAGUGCCAAGCCACAGAUCACUAAUCCCAAGGCAGAGAUUACUCGAUUUGUGCCCACUGCACUGAGAGUACGUCGGGAGAAUAAAGGGGCUACUGCUGCUCCCCAAAGAAAGUCAGAGGAUGAUUCUGCUGUGCCUCUUGCCAAAGCAGCACCCAAAUCUGGUCCUUCUGUUCCUGUCUCAGUACAAACUAAGGAUGAUGUCUAUGAGGCUUUCAUGAAAGAGAUGGAAGGGCUACUGUGACAGCUUUUGAUGCCAGAACAGGCUUCUGUUCACAACAGUGGCCCAUGGAGAAAGAGGCUCUUAUUAAACUUAGAUGAAAGAGCUGCUUCCAUUGUCAGGGUAUUUUCUAAUUUCAGUUCAAGGAAUAUCCUAAAAUUUAGCCUUGUUCAGAAUUUACUGCACAUAAAAAAGGGUAUUUCAUCCAGAAUAGAUCAGUUAUUGAAGCAGUGCUGCUAACAUCCAUUCCCUUUCAUACCACCAUUUUCACCCUGUUUCUUCCCCUCCUCCAGUUCUUUGGAAAUUUGUGAUCGGAGGAUCUUAGUUGCUUAUUUGUUUUGACUCUUGUGUGCUGUGGGCACUGGAGUAGAGAUUUCUGGAGGAAAAAAAACAGUUUAUUUCAUCUUGCCUUUUGUGUUUGAGUUAUUUUUAAUAUUUUCCUGUAAAUAUUUUGUAAUAUUUUACUUGUAAUGAAAUGGAUCACAAUGUCAUUUCCUAAUACAAGGCAGGAUAUGUGGGAAGAAAAUGUACAAUUAUUUGAUUAAAAUUAUUUCCCACUGACCUAAACUUUCAGUGAUUUGUGGGAAAAAUAAAUAAAUGUUCUACACCAAGA